AUGGCGGAGUCAUCGGAGGAAGCCCAGACCAGGAGCUGGAGCCAGAAUUUGGCCGAGGCUCUGGACUCUGGGUCAGACCUGGAGAUGGACCGAGGCUUCACGCAGGAGGACGACUUCUCUCCUCAGCAUAGAGCCAAGAUAUGGAAGAUUGCUUUAAACGUCUCUGGAAAAGGAGACAGUUUGUCGAACUGGGACGGUGUCCUGGAUUUACCAGAACAGACUCUCAUUCACAACCGCAGUCAGCAGCUCAUAGGUCAGCUGGGCGUGUCGGAGGAGGAGAGAGGAGACGCGGAGGCCGACGUUGAGGCCAUCAUUACUUUUUACUGUAAAUCCCGUAACGUCACUUUCAGCACAGACCUGAGUUUCCCGCAUCUCCUCAAACCGCUGCUGGGUCUGAGCCUCCCGCGCAGCGACCUGUACAACUGCUUCUACGCUCUCAUGAACAAGUACAUUCCCAGAGACUGUGUGCCUAAAGGGCGACCCUUCCACCUCUUCAGAUUACUGCUGCAGUAUCACGAGCCCGAACUCUGCUCUUUCCUGGACACUAAGAAGAUCACACCAGACUCCUACGCCAUAAGCUGGUUGGGCAGCCUGUUCUCCAGCCACUGCCUUCCCAAUGUGACGCAGACCUUAUGGGACCACUACUUCCAGCAAACAGACCCCUUCCUCGUCUUCUUCCUCAUGCUUGUCAUCCUCGUCAACGCCAAAGAAUCUAUUCUUACACAGGAAGCAGACGGCAAAGAGGACAUCAUCAAGAUGCUCGAGGAUUCUCCUUCUCUUUUGGAAAGUGAAGACAUUGAAGACCUGUUUUCUUUGGCCAUGUAUUACCAGACAAAAACCCCUUUGUCCUUGAGAAAGAUGAAUCAGAACCUGUUUGGGAGCAGUCUGGUGGCUUUGAAGGAGGAGGAGAUGGACCUGAGUCAGGCCCUGUGUCUCCCGGUGUCUGUACCUGAAAUCCUGCAGGCCAAUCAGCUGCAGCAGGACGGCGUACGCUUCUUUGUGGUGGACUGUCGACCUGCGGAACAGUAUAAUUCUGGUCACUUAUCCACAGCGUUUCAUCUGGACUCAGACUUGAUGCUGCAGAACCCCUCGGAGUUCGCCCUCUCAGUGAAGUCUCUGCUGGAGGCACAGAAACAGUCUCUGGAGUCUGGGUCCAUCGCCAGCGGAGAACACCUGUGCUUCAUGGGCAGCGGGCGCGAGGAGGAGGACAUGUACAUGAACAUGGUGCUGGCUCACUUCCUGCAGAAAAGCAAAGAGUACGUCAGUAUAGCUAAAGGAGGCUUCAUGGCUCUUCAGAAGCACCUGGUCGACAUGAACAUCGAAGGUCUGGACUCUUCGUACCUGAACUGGAUCGUCAGCACCUCGGGGUCACACAGCAGCCUCAGCUCUGUAGACGGAGAUCUGUGCAGCCCCGGCGACAGCAAAGGAGUCAAGUCUCUGAUGAACAAGAUGACGUUUGCUCUGAAGUCAAAGUCUGUGAAUGUGAAGGAGAAGAUGAUCAGUUUCAUUGAGAACACCUCCGCUCCCGUCGACAAAAUAUCUUUCAAUCUGCCUUGGCCUGAGAAGGUGGUCCCAGAUAGGCACGUGAGCAGCAGUGACCGAGUGGGGAAACCCUACAGAGGAGUCAAGCCGGUGUUCAGCAUCGGAGACGAGGAGGAGUAUGACACAGAUGAGAUUGACAGCUCGUCCAUGUCCGACGACGACAGGAAAGAGAUUGUGAACAUUCAGACUUGGAUCAACAAACCGGACGUGAAGCACCACAUUCCCUGCGACGAGGUGAAGGAGACGGGACACAUGUUUCCAAGCCACUUGUUGAUCACCGCCACACACAUGUACUGCCUCAGAGAGAUCGCCUCCAGGAAAGGAUUUGCCUACAUCCAGUCCAGACAAGCUCUGAACUCUGUGGUCAAGAUCACCUCCAAGAAGAAGCAUCCGGAACUCAUCACCUUCAAGUUUGGCACCAACAACUCGGCCGGAGUGGAGAUAUCAGCAGUGGAGAGAUAUCUAAUACCAAACGCCGGCGACGCCACGAAGGUGAUCAAGCAGCAAAUCAUGAAAGUCCUGGACGCAAUGGAGAGCUCGUAA